AUGGGUGCUCUGCUUUCUCUGCCGCUGAUGGCGGUGCCAAGUAUGGGCACGGUUAUUGGUUUCGCUGCCAGUUGUUGCGGUGCCGCCACAUGCUCUGCUGUGUGCAGCGCUUGCGGGAAAUGCGGCAACAGUGUUGCUACUCGUAUCGGCUACGCCCUCAUCCUUCUGGUGAACUCGAUUCUCUCAUGGAUCAUGCUCACGCCUUGGGCCAUCGAGAAACUCGAACACCUUAUGCUCGACUACGUCAAAAUCGAUUGUCCGACGGGCACCUGCUACGGCUGGAUGGCCGUUCAUCGCUUCAACUUCGCACUCGGUCUUUUUCACCUCAUCUUUGCCGGUCUUCUGUUUGGUGUCACCUCCUCCAAGAACCCGCGCGCCGCGAUUCAAAAUGGAUACUGGGGUCCUAAGAUCAUUGCAUGGCUUGCUCUGAUCGUCCUCUCGUUCCUGAUUCCCGAUGAGUUCUUCCAGUUCUGGGGUUCAUACAUUGCCCAAGUUGGCGGCAUGCUUUUCCUCAUUCUUGGCCUCAUCCUGCUCGUGGAUCUCGCCCACAAUUGGGCCGAGUACUGCCUCGAGCAGAUUGAGGAAACAGACUCCAAGGUCUGGCGUACAGUACUGAUUAGUUCUACGCUGGGCAUGUACUUGGGUUCCCUCGCCAUGACCAUUGUCCAGUACAUCUUUUUCGCUGGUGAUGGCUGCUCUAUGAACCAGGCUGCAAUCACUGUUAACCUCCUGCUUUGGAUCAUCAUCUCCUUCAUCUCCGUUCACCCCACGGUCCAGGAGUUUAACCCCAAGGCCGGUCUAGCCCAAGGCGCCAUGGUCGCCGUCUACUGCACAUACCUUACUAUGUCGGCUGUCUCCAUGGAGCCCGAUGACAAGAAGUGCAACCCCUUGAUUCGGGCUCAGGGUACCCGGACGACCUCCAUUGUCAUCGGUGCGAUUGUGACUAUGCUCACGGUCGCAUACACAACCACCCGAGCCGCCACCCAGAGUCUUGGCCUGGGUUCUUCUGGCGGCAUUCGACUUCCCGAGGAAGAUGAGCACGAUCUUGUGACUCAGCAACCGAAUGGCCAUAAGGCCAUGCGAGCUGAAGCACUGCGCCGUGCUGUCGAAGAGGGUAGUUUGCCUGCCGAUGCCUUGUUAUCUGACGAUGAGAGCGAAACCGGAACCCACACGCCUGGUGACGAUGAGCGCACUAGGACUCAGUACAGCUACAGCGUAUUCCACAUCAUUUUCUUCCUGGCCACCACCUGGAUCUCUACCUUGCUCACUCAGAGCUGGGACGACCAGAAUGACGGGGAUUUCGUCCCUGUCGGCCGCUCCUACUGGGCCAGCUGGGUCAAGAUUGUGAGCGCCUGGGUUUGCUACGCCAUGUACGCCUGGACUCUAGUUGCCCCAGUGGUCUUGCCAGACCGCUUCGACUUUUCGUGA